AUGUCACUGUUUUCCUUGUCCGGAAAGACUGCUCUAAUCACCGGCGGCACCCGAGGAAUCGGCCAAGCAAUCACCCUCGGGCUCGCUGAGCAUGGCGCAGACAUAAUCCUCGUCCAGCGCUCGACAAAAAUCUCCGACACCCAACCAGCCGUAGAACGGUUUGGUAGGCGUUGUGAGGUGGUCCAAUGUGAUCUUGCGGACCGCGAACAAGUUGAAGGACUGAUCAGCAAAGUUGUCGCCACUCAUUCAGUCGACAUCCUCGUCAACUGCGCCGCAAUUCAACACCGCAGUCCGGCGGUGGACUACGAUACACUCCAUUAUGAAGCGGUAAUGCAAACCAACUUGACAACUCCAUUCAUUCUCUGUCGCGAUAUUGCCCGCCACUGGAUUUCGCAGGGGAAGCGCGGUAAGAUCAUCAACGUAGCCAGCGUGGGCAGCUUCCAGGGCGGUAUAAACGUUUCGGGGUACGCGGGAAGCAAGGGGGGUUUACUGCAGUUGACCCGUGCGUUCAGUAACGAAUGGGCUGGGAAGGGGAUCAAUGUGAAUGCUAUCGCUCCAGGGUAUAUGAUUGAAUACGUGUCUUAA